GCGAGUUUGUGUUGAAGUUUGAAAGAGUGUUAACGAGAGUCGGAUUGUAGUGAAUGUGCGCUCACUCUGUGGCAAAUGAGUCGAGUCUACAGUCUAUACACUGUAGUGAAUCUCACAGUCAUAUGAAUACAGUAUAGCCCACAGUAUUACACACUAUUAGACACUAAUCACUAAUUCAAUGAACAUUUGGUGUAUUUGUUAGCAUUGAUUCACACAUUACGACCACAUUAUCACAUUAUCAUUACGACGGUCGUGGCCACCACUCCAACACACAGUGAUCGCACCAACAGACAUCGUCUCAAUCGUGACCAAUGCGUGAAUACAAGAUAGUAGUUCUGGGCUCCGGAGGUGUGGGCAAGAGUGCACUGACGGUUCAGUUCGUUCAGGGCAUUUUCGUCGAGAAGUACGACCCGACCAUCGAAGACAGUUACCGCAAACAAGUGGAAGUCGAUGGACAGCAGUGUAUGCUCGAGAUACUGGACACCGCGGGCACUGAACAGUUCACAGCCAUGAGGGACCUGUACAUGAAGAAUGGACAGGGAUUUGUGUUGGUCUACUCGAUUACAGCGCAGUCCACUUUCAACGACUUACAGGACUUAAGGGAACAGAUUCUGAGAGUGAAGGACACCGACGACGUGCCUAUGAUUUUGGUGGGAAAUAAGUGUGAUUUGGACGACGAAAGGGUAGUGGGGAAGGACCAAGGUGCCAACCUAGCAAGGUCGUUCAACAACUGCGCGUUCCUCGAGUCGUCGGCCAAAGCCAAGAUCAACGUGAAUGAGAUCUUCUACGACUUGGUCCGACAGAUCAAUAGGAAGAACCCGGAGAAGAAGCAACGGCCGCCUCGGAAACCUCGAUGUGUUUUGUUGUAAUUAAGUUAAGAAAUUAAUUCUACAGAUAUUUAAAUGCUUUUAGAGUCCAUUCAAACGGAUAACCGAUAAAUGAAAGUAUAAAACAAUUGAUUGCCUGUAAAAUCAUUUCCCGUUUUGAGCCAAU